AUGAGAAUUCUGGCGGUAUUGUUGACGGUGUCUCUGGUGGGAGUCUGCCAUGGGAAGGGUGGUAAUAAGAAGCCACCAACUCAACCGGCAACUCCUACUGUUCAACAAGGAGAUGCUCCAGUAAAGACAGUGUGUAGACAGAAUCCUCCUAAGGCUCCUACUCAACCAGGAUCAGUUCCUGAAGUUAGGCAGGAGCAAAAGUCAGCUACAAAUCUCCAGGGUAGUGUCAAGAAAGAGCAAGACGAAGCUAAAGAACAACAACCAGCAGCUAAGCCUGUAACUCUGAGUGAACGUGCUAAAAAGGUUGAUACAAAGUCGUUUGAUGUGAGAGAAUCUAGCUCUAAUGGAGUGCCACUUUUGACAUGCACACCAAAGUCUGAUGUUGUAGUUACAGAACUCAAGUAUGGUGACGAAACCAUAUGGAAUAACUCUAGAGGGUCAUGUUUAUCAGCCCUAAUACACUUUAAAGGAGAGAAGCCAUAUGUUGUAACAGUGCAGUAUAGAGAGAAUGAAGAAGAACAUGUUAUCUUCCUUCAUUAUAACGGUGAGAAGUGGGAAAAUAACAAGAGAGAACAUGAAAGAAAGCUUAACAUACUGAGGGGAGUUCCUCCUAGUGAAGAGUCUUCAGUUACUGAGUCAGCUGAACAGUCUCUACUUACAACAUGGUCUAAUGGAGACCCUACUCUUCUUAACCUGGCUCUACGGAACGCUGCUUCUACCGAGUGGUAUCUUGAGAAAAUAAAUGAGAAUUGGAACGAUGUUGGAGGGAGAGUGUUUGAAGAAGGGCUUAGGAUAUUGAAAAGAGAACUUAAACAUGCAAUACCAAUCACUCUUGACCUUGCCAAUCCUAAUAAAUCCCAGAUAAGUGUACAGACAGGAAACUAUAGUGGAGUAGAAUAUAAGGGGUAUACUCCGAAGAGAGGCCAUUAUUUCUCUUCUUUCUCUAACGACGGAAGUCCUAUCUGGACAAUUUCUAGAGGUGAAAGGUGUUUCCUUGCACAGUCUUUUACACAGGGAAAUUUUACUCUCUUUACUCUUGUAAGUGAUUUUGGACACAAAUAUUUUGAGAAACUUGAUGGUAAAUGGAGGGAGGUUACACUUGGUGACUUUUUAAAUAAGCUAAAUGAAAUGAGAAAGUCUUGA